CUUCAGAUAUUUAUAGUUUUGGUAUAUUAAUGUGGGAAAUUUCUAGUGGACAUCCUCCUUUUGAAAAUAAAUUUAAUAAUAAUCAGGAUCUUAUUAAUGCUAUUACUUGUCAUGAAACUCGUGAAAUUUUUAUAGCGAAUACACCUGAAGAUUACGAAAAAUUAUAUAAAAAAUGCUGGAAACAAGAACCGGAGCAAAGACCAAUUAUUAAAGAAGUAUUAAAAAUAUUUAAUAAAAUGGACUUUGGAAAAAUUAUUGGUGAUAAUGAAACAACAAAAGAUACAGAAAACAAUAAUUCUGAUCCUGAUUCAAAAAUUGGCGAUUCUAUUCAGUUAGAUACCUUUGAGAAUUUAUCUA